AAACCAAACCUCUGCUUCCGGGUCAGAGCCAUGGCGGUGGCAAAUUCAAGCCCUGUCAACCCCGUAGUGUUCUUUGAUGUCAGCAUUGGCGGCCAGGAGGUUGGCCGCAUGAAGAUCGAGCUUUUUGCAGACGUUGUACCUAAGACAGCUGAGAACUUUAGGCAGUUCUGCACUGGAGAAUUCAGAAAAGAUGGAGUGCCAAUAGGAUACAAAGGGAGCACCUUUCACAGGGUCAUAAAGGAUUUCAUGAUUCAAGGUGGAGAUUUCGUUAAUGGGGAUGGUACCGGAGUUGCCAGUAUUUACCGGGGGCCAUUUGCAGAUGAAAAUUUUAAACUUAGACACUCGGCUCCAGGCCUUCUUUCCAUGGCAAACAGUGGUCCCAGUACAAAUGGUUGUCAGUUCUUUAUCACCUGCUCUAAGUGCGACUGGCUGGAUGGGAAGCAUGUAGUGUUUGGAAAAAUCAUUGAUGGGCUUCUUGUGAUGAGAAAGAUUGAGAAUGUUCCCACAGGCCCCAACAAUAAACCCAAGCUGCCGGUGGUAAUCUCACAGUGUGGGGAGAUGUAGUUCAGACCAAGACUGAGUCAGAUUGUCCCUUGCUCUGGGUGAUGUUCUUGAGUCAGAUAGGCUGGACUGGCCUCUCUGUUUGCUCUCCUGCCUGCUGUGACCGUGUUUGAUCAGAAGACCCUGGAAGUAUCACAGAUUCCGAACUACAAUUGUCUGUGCUCAAAUCUUCAACUGUAAAUAAAGGUUUUUGUUUUGGUUUGA